AUGUCCCACGACGAACAUCGACGAGGCUCUACCUUGAAGGAGAGUAUCGGCAAGCAGAUCGACUUUCUCUUUCAGGACACCAACCACCUCAUUGACGGCUCUUCACCACCCGAGCUUACCUCUGUCCCCGCCUUCAGUUCCGACCCCAAAGACCCCGACUCUUCCUUCCUCCACAUGGAGGACAGCGACGAUGACAAUGAGGAUGGCUCUGCUGCCCCUCUUGCCCACCUCCCUUCUCCGCCCCCAUCCCCUCCCAAGGUCAUACCGACAUCGAAGGCAGAGUGCUUCGUUCUUCAGCCAGUGCCUGAGCAUAUGAAGUUUCGUAAGCGUAAGAGGUUGGCUUUGGGUAUGGAGGUUGCUCCCAGGCCUCGGGUGUCUUCUCGUGCCUCUUCAUGCUCCAAGAUUGCUUCAUGGGACAUUGUUGACGCCAAUGACGAGCACUUUGUGACUUUGGAUAUGGACGAUGAAGACCCUUCUUCCCCUUCUUCUUACAACAGCGACUUUACCGACUCGGUUUUUCGACUGAGCCCCAGGAUGACCUGGGGUCCGAGACCUGCGCUUUCUGCCACCUGUGCCCCAUCUACUGCCUCCACCCUUGAGCACCCUCACUCUCCCACUUCCGUUACCGAUAUCAUCCCCCACCGCCCCCGAGGCCUCGCCAGGCUGCGCUCGACCUUGCCUACCCACGCUCUCAAGUCAUUCCAGUGUAUUCUCGCGGCUAGCGAUGUACUCAGCAAAUUCUGCCCGGACGACAUGCCCGCGGGUUCUUUCUACGGCUUUUUCGACGAGGACGAGUGGGCCUGGGCGUUCGGUGAUGUGAACGAGGAGUCUUGUAAAGGAGCCGGUCGUUGGGAUAUCCGUUCUGGGAGCACGGAAAAGAGCAGAGUUGGGACAUAUUUCGCGGAGCCUUGGUUGAGAACGGAAUUUACAAACUACCCGGACCACCUCUCCCAGCUCUGUCAUGAUCAUCACACCCAAGUCUACCAAGCCCACGUUUCCCCAGCCGACGCCCAAGCAGUCAGUCCCCAAACUGAGCGUGUGCAAACGGAGGUCAUUGCUUCCCAAGCUCAUGUGGACCGCAUGACCCAAGAGCUAGUCGGGCUUCUUGAACGGGCAAGACACUACGAGAAGGGCGCCGAGUCUGAUUAUGAUGAAGAUGAAGAGGAGGAGUCUUGUCUUUGGGAAUGGGAACGAGAGGCUCCAGUAGCUUGGGGAUGUGAACGAGAGGCCCCAGCAGUGGUGUGGGCAUUCGAAAAAGAGGCCCCAGUAGCGAGAGCUGAGAGUGAGUGUCUUGGGGUUGAUGACCUUGACGAGCAGAAGGAGAGGAAGAGAUUGAUUGAUGAGAAAGACCAGUAG